GUGGUAAGAGUUUUGGAAAUGUAAUUUUCGUUUUAUUAAUUUGCGAAAAGCUCUUUCUAACGAAAUUAUUAUUCAGCAGCAACGACUUUUAUUUUAAAGUCAAUUAAAAGUUAGAGGUCAGGAUGCGCUUUGCUCACACUGUGCGUCAUGUACUUGUAAAUAGCAACUAGACUUGAAAAGAACAGGCGAUUUAUAUCCCUCGAUGUGUGACCAUGCUUCCUGCAUUCACGAGCCUCAGACACUUUUCCACAACUACGGUGAGGAGAGCAGCGUCUGAGUUCCGAAUGACUGUCCCGUGGGGAGAGAUGAGAGGUCAGGUUUGGGGUCCUUCUAAUGGUCGUCCCGUGCUGUGCUUGCACGGUUGGGCUGACAACUGCGAGACAUUCAGUACCCUGAUUCCAUUGCUUCCUAAAGACUGGAGAUUCGUAGCCAUUGACUUUCCAGGUCACGGUCUCUCGUCUCAUAGGCCUGAUGGGUGCCUUUACACCUUCCCUUUGUAUGUGGCAGAUGUUCGGCGAGUUGUUGAAGCUCUUCAGUGGAAGCAGUUCUCUAUCAUUGGACAUAGUAUGGGUGGGAAUGUGGCAGGAAUAUUUAGUGCCUUGUACCCAGAGAUGGUUGAUGCUGUAGUUCUCUUGGACACUUAUGGAUUCCUCCCAACACAAAUGACUGACAUGUUCAAGAACAUGAGGAAAGGGAUUAACGAUCAAAUCCACUAUGACAACAAGACGGAUGAGAGGAAAGAGAGGGUGUACACGUAUGAGAAAGCCAAAGAAAGAUUGAAGGCUGCAAACCCUUCCCUUUCCGAUCAGUCUGCAGACAUUCUGUUAGAGCGAGCUAUCAGAGAAGUUGAGGGAGGAUUUGUAUUCACCAGAGAUUUCAGGAUCAACCUGAAAAACAUUGUGAAUAAUAAUAUUGAACAGUGCCUUCACAUGUUGUCACUAGUUAAAGCCAGAGUGAUGCUAUUGCUGGCAAAAGAUGGUAUAUUCAAAACGUUUACUCUACCUAAUGGAUAUGGUGAUAUGAUUCAGAAGAGCUGGACUGAUCAAAAAGCCACCAUUCUUAACAUAGAAGGGGAUCAUCACAUUCACCUCAACAAACCUGAGUCUGUGGCCUCCAUAAUCACUGAUUUUCUUCAGUCACACAGUCCUGACAGGGAAACAGGGAAUGAAUCACAGAAAAAUUAGUCUUCCAGAUUAUAGCACACAGAUGCCAAUUCAGAUUAUUCAAAUAAUAUACACUGUACACUGAUUAAAAUAUUUACACCAUUAACCAAUUCUCGUAAUUUUGUAUGAUACUGUGAUGCUUUAAGCAUCAUAAACCCACAAUUAUUUUUUUUAAUUUACAAAAGUUAUUUUAUUAGAAAACGCUCAGAACGUUUCAGGAAAUUUUCGAUAUCCAUUUGUCUUCCAUUUUUAACACUAUGUUCAGUCCCUCCGUGUGGAAAUCUCCCUCAUAUGAUGAUGCCGCCACAUUCACAGUAGGUACGGUGCUUUUUGAGAUGUGGAGCGUGUUAUAUUGGCAAAAUACAAAAUAAACGCUUAUAUCAGUAUUCAAAAAAAGAGGUUUAGUGCUGAACUGGCUUUAUAUAUUACUAGAUUUAAUCUAUUCAGAGAGAAGCUGGCUAUAUGUGAUGAACUAAAGUUUUUUUGAAAGCGUAAAUAUUAACCAGAACAUCUGUUCGUUUUUACUUUUGUUGUGAUGAAGCGAAACUAAAGGUUAAAGUCUAAUGCAAUUUGUGCAAUAAUUUGACUUUGUGCCAUUAUUGGGGGCAAGUACGGUAAAAGGACUGUCACUAUAAAUUAUAUUUUGAAUUAUGAACUAUUGAACUAUUGAUGAACUAUUUUCUACUUUAAUAUGUUUUAAAAUGAUGGUAAAGCGUAAUUUUCUGCAGCAUUACUCCAGUGUUUAGUCCAACAUGAUCCUUCAGAAACCAAUCUAAUAUGCUUAUUUGGUGCUUAAGAAACAAUUAUUAUUUUUAUCAGUGUUGAAAACAGUUCCACUUUAUUUAGGAUUGUUUGAUGAAUAGAAUGUACAAAUGAACAGCAUUUAUUUGAAAUAGAAAUCUUUUGUAACUUUAUAAAUGCUUUGACUGUCACUCUUGAACAAUUGUAUGUAUUCUUGUUGAAUAAAAGUAUAAUUUUUUAAUACUACUGACCCCAGAAGUACUACUACUGAACAGUAGUAUAUAUAAAAAUACUAAACCAAAUGUAUUUAUAUCACAAACAUGCUUGUUUGAUAAGUUAGUGUCCUUAUUUAAAGUGAUGAACUACACCUGUGUUAACUUAAAUCACUGUGAUAACAGUUAGUUAAAAAUAAUUGCAGAAAUAUUUCAAAAGAGUGAUACUGGAUCUGAGAGAAGUUCCAGCUAAAUGUACUUGCAGCUGCCACUUAGUUUGAUAUUUUAUUGUUACCGAAAUUUGGGCAUUUUUAGGUGUGACAUUUUCAAGUGUCCAAAUACAUUACUGUAUGCAACUGGUGUGUGUGUGUGCAUCAGCUGUGUUAUGAAUGUGCAGAUUGCUGUGAAUGUGUCUGUUUGUUUAAUUUCCUUCAGGUUUUGCUGAAAGCUGCACAUUUGCCUUGUGCUCAUAUGUAGAGAUAUUUCCAUGGUUACCCCCCUCCCAACUGGAAUGGGAUGGUACAGCUUUUGACAAGGAGAGCACGAAAGCAAGGGUGCGAGAAAAGCCCUCAUUCCAUAGCACUGAAUAAAAUCAAAUGUCUUUGUCCACAUAGCUUUGCCAGCUGCUGUUUAGCUUCGUUAUUCAGCAUUUUAAUUAGACGAUUCCAUCUGCUUAGCCUGGGUUUGAGAUUUAAAACCCGAAACUACAGCGUCAGUUCACAGACGAUCAAGGAAAGACUGCAGAUCACACAAUGCCCUGGAUGUUUCUGGACUGGUUCGUCCCCGUCUAUCUGCUGGUCUCUGUCCUGGUCCUGGCUGGUUUUGGAGCAUGUCUGUAUUUUCUGGAGCCAGGUCUUCAGGAUGCCCACAAGUGGAGCAACAAGUCACUGAAGCACCAGCCACUGGCAUGCUGCAGAGAUGACGACAGCAAUGCCUUGUUAUGAUGUGGAUGCUGCAAUUAGACGUUUGAGCCAAGUCAUACUGUAUAUUGAUGCCACUUUAUCAAAAUCCAUUGUCUUUUCACAGGGUUUCUAUAGUUACUGUAUAUGCAAUCAUCUACAAUCAGAUUACAGACCAAAAUAGUAUAAUACACUGCAGAACUCGACUGCAGAACAGUGAUGAUUCCCACACAACCUUCCACACAAGUCAACAUCAGAGUAAGUUUUGGUGACAUUUGGCCAAACUGGAGGAACAUCCUUGACUUUUAUGUAAAGGGUGUAUUGUGUGAAAACACAUUACAAACGAUGAACAAACAAGAGGGAAGGUUUCCAGAUCAUGACGUCAUGUUCCAGUUCACAUUUUAGGACAUGCCUGAGAUAUCUGGAAAACCAAUGUCCUAAGAUACAUACGUUAUAUUGUGAAUUAAAGAGUAAAGUAGGGAACUCAAAAUACUCGGCAUGCUAUUUGUCAUUAGUCAUUAGAUAAUGAUAGAAAUAUUAGUUUCUGCCUUCUGAUAUAAAAAGUGACAUAUUUCAAAAGCAUGUUCAAAACUCAUUCUUUUCUGAGGCCCUGGAAGUGUUUAUUAUCAGUUUAUUAGUUUGAGUUUUUUUAACGUGCCAGUAGUUUGUGUCACUCACUCAUUAUCUUUGGUCUGUAACAUCUAGAUUCACACCAAUUUCAUCAACAAAAUGCCUUUAAUGUGAGUUAAAAUUGUGUUAAGCUGUUGGUUAUAAUCAUACUUUGUACAAUCGUAUAUAAUAAUGGCAUUCGCAAUAUAGUGGAUAAUUGUAUCAAGAAUUGUACUAUGUUUCUUUCCCCCUCUUGCAAAUAUUACUUUAUUUAAAAAUAAACACAAACUGGUCAAGAAA